AUGCCGGCACUCACCAAGACCACAUCGACACUGGCUCGCGCCUGCGCGGCUCGUCAAUUGACCAUCUCGCGAGCCGGCUGCACCGCCCUUCAAAAGCGAAACGUCUCCCAGGCAUCGGGAACCUCAUCCUUCGACAGCCCUUUCCGCGGCGUCGGGAACCAGCAUGAUCAUACGACGAAGAUCCCUGAUUUCUCGAAGUACCGGAGUAAAUCGAGCGAGGGCGGGAACAAGGUGUUCUCGUACUUCAUGGUCGGAUCGAUGGGCGCGCUCACGGCGAUGGGAGCAAAGUCUACCGUGAAUGAUUUCCUAGUCAACAUGUCCGCAUCCGCCGACGUUCUGGCUAUGGCCAAGGUCGAGGUGGAUCUUGCCGCAUUACCCGAGGGCAAAAACGUCAUCAUCAAAUGGCGAGGCAAGCCGGUGUUCAUCCGCCACCGAACAGCAGACGAAAUCAAAGAGGCCGAGGGCGUGGCAUGGGAGUCGUUGCGUGACCCCCAACCCGAUUCAGACCGUGUACAGAAGCCUGAAUGGUUGGUUAUGGUCGGUGUAUGCACACAUUUGGGAUGUGUCCCAAUCGGUGAGGCUGGAGACUUCGGUGGCUGGUUCUGCCCAUGCCACGGAUCGCAUUAUGACAUCUCCGGUCGUGCUCGCAAAGGACCCGCCCCUCUCAACCUUGAGAUCCCCGAAUACAGCUUCCCGGAAGAAGACAAGCUCAGCAUUGGUUGA